AUGAAUACAGAAGGCCUGGAUAUGUUAAGAGAUAUCUCUCAGAACGAGACAGAGCAAAUGUUUGACCUUGCUCUGGGGCUGCUCGCCCAUUCGCACGACUCAGGCUCCAAGUCUCACCUGGAUGAGGCAACACAACUAUUUGAACAGGCACUUUCCAAGAGUUCGCUCCGCUCCUCAAGAAGAAUGGAUAUAUUCUCCAAUCUUGUAAACAUAUACUACGAUUCAUAUACAGAGUCUGGGUCGCUGUCGGAUCUCGACCGUUCUAUUUCAGUGGCUACCGAAUAUAUUUCCGCAAUCGAGGUCGCAUCCCAAGACUGGCAAGAAAGUUCCUACACCCUCAUGCGCAUGUGCCAUGAACGAUAUUACGAAACCGAGAACCUGGACCAUCUUCUAGAAGCCGAAAAAUGGGCCCAAAGACUGGUGGAUAAUUUCCUGGACGACAGUGUCCACCAAGCCGAUAACCUGAACAGCCUUGGGAUUAUCCUACGUGAGGCGUUUUAUCACACGCAAGACAAGACAUAUCUUGAAAAGGCACUAGAAAUGGCGCAAAAAUCAGUUGAUGUUCAAUCAAGUGACACAAUUGAUUCUUCAACAUAUUUCCACAACCUGGCUAUCACGAAAUUGGAAAAACAUCUCUGCUAUGAUGAUCUUUCAUCUAUCGACGGCAGAAAUAACCUGGAAGAAGCCAUCAAUGCGGCUGAGAAAGCCGUGGAACUAUGCCCGGAUGAAAGUCCACUAAAGCCAGAAUUCAUUCUCGAUGCCGGGAGACUCUAUUGUGAAAGAUUUGACCUCACCGAACAUAUCGAUGACUUGAAUUUGGCUAUUGAAUCUUACAGGCGUGGUAUGCGAUUGAUGUCAGAAGAUCAUGAGCAUUGGCAUUGGGGCCUGUUACAUCUUGGAGAUCGACUAGACGACAGGUAUGCAAUUGCAGGGUCACUCAAUGAUCUCGAUCAAUCCAUCGCUUUGUGUCGAAUGGGUCUCGAUUUAUUUGGCGAGGAUGACGAAGAGGACGAUUUUCCCAUUUGUGCCGGUUAUCUCGGAGAAAGACUUAUCAGGCGAUAUGAGAGAACUAGAUCUCCGGUAGAUAUAGAGGAGACGUUCGAAAUAAGUUCUAGAGCCCUCGAGGAUGCCCCGGAAGGCCACUGGUCUCGAGUGAUGUUACUUAAGAACAUGGUGGCAUACUUCUUGGAUCGGCACGACAGAUUUGGAAACAAGGAAAGCCUCGAAGCUGGCAUUCACUACGCCAUGCAAGCUGUUGCUUUGUCUGAGGGGGAGAAUAAAGAGGUCCGGCCCGUUGCUAUCUACUGUCUGGCCAAGGCCCUGGCAGUUAGAGGCUCGUAUACAUCGUCAUUGGACGAUCUGGAUAAUGCGAUUCUAUAUACCAAGGAAGUGUUGCGUGAAACCCCGGAAACUAAUGAAUACUACGUCGAGAUUAAUUAUAGCCUCCAACGAGACACACUGAGAAGGUUUGUAUUGACAAGGGAUGUACGAGAUCUCAACCAAGCGAUGGAAUUGGGUAAAAGAAUAGAGAUGAAAGCCGAUGGAGCCAAGUUCCAGGCGCACCAGUACUUUACACUUGCUGGGUAUAUCCUCGCACAAAUCCACAAGAUCACAGGCUCUGAAGAAAUCCUCGACCAGCGCAUUGAUCUUUCAAGGAAGAUCCUCGACAGGGUUGUUGCCCUCGAUGAUCGUUCGUACCUGUCUCGGACUCUUCUUGACCUGUCUGAUGCACUGGCCCAACGAUAUGAGCUCAAAGACAAGUUCGAAGAUCUGGAGGAAUCAAUUGAAUUCGCAAAAAAAGCGGUUAUAAAUAUGGAAGAAGAAGGCCCUGACCGUGCCAGGGCAUUGCUUUACGUUGGGUGGGGUCUCAAGAGCAAAUUCUUGAUAUCUGGCAUCGAGGAACACCGUCAGCAAUCGCUCUCACACUUACGUUCAGCACUUACUCAUGUCCACUCUAAUCUGUCGGAUCGAAUUGAGUCGGGAACAAUUGCCAUGAGUGAAUAUUUGACCAUGCUCAACUGGGAGGAUGCCUAUGGAAUAUCAGAGACACUUAUGGAGCUUAUCCCACAGUUGAUAAUUCGGUCACACAAGAAUUCAGACAAGCAACGGGUCCUCGUUCGCGUCCACGGUUUGGCCUCUGAGGCUGCCGCUCUUGCCCUUCAGGUUGGCAAGCCUCCGUACAUUGCCCUCAGUCACCUGGAUCAGGGGUCUGGCUUACUCGCUGCUUCCAUCUAUGGUAGCGAAGCGGAUAUGAAUGAGCUGAAGUUGAAGCACCCUAGUUUGGCAGAAAGAUUUAGGCAUCUACAAUAUAUUUCUAAGGAGCCUACGACAUCAGAUGCGCUUGAAGAUGGAAUCCCUGAAUCUUUCUCAGGUCUGCAUGUCAAGAGAUCUCGGUAUGAGGUAGGCAAGGAGUUUGACCAUCUGGUUGAGGAAAUUCGUCAGCAACGCGGGUUUGAAGGCUUUUUGCUCUUUCCAAACGAGUCAGAAUUGAAAGAUGCCGCAGCCAAGGGCCCAAUUGUGAUCGUCAAUAUGGGCUCGACCCGAAGCGACGCGAUCUUAAUUACGCAAGACGAAAUCACCUUUGUGCCAUUACCACUGGUUGCAUGGGACCAACUCAAUGAAUUUUCCACAGGCGGCUCAAAGAAAACGGAGCCAUUCCUCCAGUGGUGUUGGGACUGCAUUGCAGAGCCAGUCCUAAACACUCUGGGCUUCAAACAGCCUCCAUCGGGGAAAUGGCCUCACGUCUGGUGGGUGCUAACAGGACGCCUAAGUAAUAUUCCUAUUCAUGCAGCUGGACACCACAGCGAAGGUGGAUACAAUACGGUUAUAGACAGAGUGAUGUCGUCUUAUUACACUUCUGUAAGAGCACUCGUCUAUGGUCGCAAGCGACCUGCCCCGACCGUUCCUGGGCCUGCGCUCCUGUUAGCAAUGGAACAUACCCCUGGAUAUCAGAGUCUCCCAUUUACAUCGCAAGAGGUGGAUGUAGUUAAAAAACUACUCGAUUCCUUUUCCAUCGAGACAAUUGAGUCAGGUCCGGAUAAAGAAAGUGUCAUGGCAAACCUGCCGCUGUGCAAAAUUUUUCACUGGGCUGGGCACGGAUCUACGAGCCAUGGUGACCCAAUGGAAAGCUGCCUAAUCCUGCACCAGCAUACAGAAAAGUGCCUGACAGUCGCAAAUCUACUUGAAACUAAUCUAUACUCUUCCAACCCCUUCUUGGCAUAUCUCUCGGCAUGUGGCACAGGCCAGCUCCACAAUCAGAAUCUCGGAGACGAGGGCAUCCAUCUUAUCAAUGGAUUUCUGCUAUCAGGAUUCCGCCACGUGAUUGGAACUUUAUGGGAGGUACAGGAUGAGAUUUGUGUUGAUGUGGCCAGGAUGACAUACGAAGGAAUACGAGAGAACGGCAUGGCUGAUGACAAUUCUCCAUCAUCCGUGAUUAUCCUCCCCUCUCUCUCGACACCAUCGUCCGAAAACACUCCCGAAGUUAGCUCUUCUACUCCGGACUCAACAAGCUCAGCACCCGCUACUCUUCAAAGCAGCACAACCACUCCAAGUGCUGCCAGCACCCCGGAACUCUCAGAAACGCCAGGCGCCUCUACAACAGCCCUGUCUGAUAUAUCGGCGGUAUUUAGCACACCAACUACUCUGGAGACUUCAACAACGCCCAGCCCCUCUAUCGCAUUCAGUAGUUCGGCCACACCGACUCCAUCAUCGUCAUCCUCUUCUUCCUCUGUUAUUCCUCAACCAACUGGAUGGGCGCUACAGUCAACUGGUACCGGCACCGCAAAUGCCGGCAGCUUUCUCAGGAUCAAUACUUUAACGCCACAGUCUCUUGUCCUGUUCUCUCCAACGGACGUUGUCCCUUCUUCAUACAAAGUUGCCAAUUUUUACAUCGACCCGUCUACCGGAUAUCUCUUCCUGGACUACGAGGGUGUCAAGGAUCGAUAUGUCGCUGUGACAACUUAUGAUGAAUUCAACGAGAAUGGAGAGUACUGGCAAAGCAUUAAUACUGGAGAGCUCAUGCUCUGGGAUAUGACCAUGGGCGAGCCAACUUGGGUUUCGCUCAGUCACAUCAAGCGAAUCACCUGUUCGCGAACUGGUGCGACUUUCGGUUGCACUGCCAGCGCACCAGUCGGGGUUUUCAACACCUUCAGUUAUAACCCGACUUAUUUCUCAUUGAAUUUCGGCACCACCGUUCCUCAGGGUUCCCAGCUUCUUACUUUUGCAGCUGUGGAUGUGUACUAG